AUGUUUCAAGGGUGCAACAGUGCAAGACGCAAAACCAUAAACCCUUUGCAUCGCGCUGUUACCGUUCUCACGAUCCUCUUCAUAAAUGGCUUCAGCGUGCAGCAGAAUCGCGCAAAGAGCAGCUUCAUUUUCUUCCAUAAAAUCAACCAUCAAAUCCACUCUUCGCUCUUCAUCCUUCUCCAACUCAGCCACCAACACCGCCACCACUACUUCUCCUCUUCGCCGAUCCAUUUUAACCAGGGUUGCUCCGGAACUGAGAUGCGCGCAGUCGAUGCUGCCACUGCAAAGUGCGGUUGCGACGGCGAGGAUGACGUCAUGCCUGAGAACAUCUCGGAGCUGCCGAGUGCUAUCACAGGAUGGAAUUGAUUGGACGUGAGACAUGCAUGUUGUUCUUAAGGUGGGAUAUUUUUCUUUGCUGUCCGAAGCGCUUGGAGAAUAAUAGAUAAUAGUCACCUCAUAAUGUGUCUACUGUCCAUACAUGUUUGUGACUAAAAUUGUACAAACACCAUUGCUAUGGAUUAAUGGAUCUUAGAUCUUCCAGUUGCCAUAGGAAUUUUAUGUUGUUUGAAGUUGAUCUGUUGAUGUUCUUUCACUCUGGCUCGUUGAUUUAUGUAAGCAUUCUUUAUU